CGUUACCAUAGAAACGACGAGAGUUUACUGUAGAAGCGAAUUGCAUUCAGGAAAAAACAAAACAAAACAAAAAAACAAAACAAAACAUCUGGAGGCCGACGGGAAACGGAGCAAAAAUGUUUUCCAAGAUGACCAGCGACCGGAAGGUUUGUCCGAAGAUUAAGCCGACUGUCAAAGUCGCGAUGACUGGACGAGAAUUUAUAGCAGCGCAGAUGGAGCUGAGGCAGAUGGAAAGAGAUCGGGAGCAGCUCAAGCAGAAGGCCCAUGAGCGGAAACAGUAUUUGAUUGAUCUACAUCGCCGUAAUGAGGAGCUGAAGCAAAUCGCAAAGGAAGCACGUGAGCAACGCUUCAAGCUGGAAAUGUUUUUUCGGGACGAAGAAACGGAAUCCGACAGGUUGAUGGCUGAGAAGGAGAUGAAGGAGGCGUUGGAGAAGGAGGCGGAAAUACAGCGGCUGAAGGAGGAGUGUGAGGAGCUGAAGAAGAGGAAGCAGGAGAUGCAGCUUCAGACCCUCAAAUACAUACCCUACAGGGAGUUCUUGGAGCGCGUGCUCAAACUAACAAAAUUUACCAACGUGGACGAGCUCACGGGUUACUUAGAGAACCUCCUCUACAUCAGGGAUCAGCUGUACCAGAGGGAGACUCAGGUGCAGGAGCACAUGGAGCAGCAGAAGAAAGCCUGCCAGAGCCUGAAGGACAACCACAACCUGCUGUUGCUGCAAAAGAACAACCACCUGUCACAGCUCCAGACCGAGCUGGAAAAGGCCCGCUCUGAAGCUCUGAUAUGGGAAAGGCAGUGGAACCAAAUUCAGGAAACGGCUGCAAAGAAGACGCUGGAGCUGGGCCAGAUUACGUACGCGACCCUUAACCUGUUCGAAAUGGCCGGCGGGGUGACUGGAGUGGGCGGUUUGCACAUCCACGACACGGAGAAACAACUGGAGGCGAUCAAGAACUUCAUGAUGGACCACACAGACAUUGUGAAACAUUAUCAGACACACAUGCAUCGAGAAGCCAGAGGAAGCAAAUCAGAAAACAAAGGAAAUAUUAAGUAGCAAAUUGUUUAACCUUGUCCCAGUUUUGUGAUGUUACAGUGACUAUGUCAAACAAAAUAAAAGCACAAGUUACUUUUCUUCUC